CACGCUUUAUUAUAGUACCACAUGACCGGAUAAUCUGCACUAAUGAUGAAUUAAUAUAGGAUCACUGUAGUGUAUAGUAAAAUGAGUCAGGUGCUACAAUGACAGUAUUACCUAAUCACUGUUUACUGUAACAAUAAUAAUUUGGUUUACUGCACAGACGUUCUGGUACUGUAGUAUAUUACUGUAGUAGUACUGUGACGCUGCAUGUAAUAUAUCCCUCGUGAAAUCAACGGUUCAGUUGAGGAUCCCGAUCCCACCCAUACGGCACUCACAGCUGGCUAGCUCACGUCGUGGACUUGCUGCCGGAGCAGUCAGUAGUCGUUACCGGACCGCACACAGACCAAGAGAUGGCCACGGCGACUUACCUCUCCUUCUCGGCGCUGCCGUCGUGCGCCAGGAGGGCGAGGCAGACGAGCGCGGUCGCGUCGGCGACGGACCGGCACGAGGUGGUGUCCCCGAAGCGGCGGCUGCCGCUGCGGAAGGUGCCGGGCGACUACGGCCCGCCGGUGGUGGGCGCGCUCCGGGACCGGCUCGAGUACUUCUACGGGCCCGGCGGCCGCGACGGCUUCUUCACGUCCCGCGUCCGCGCGCACCAGUCCACGGUGGUGCGGCUCAACAUGCCGCCGGGCCCCUUCGUGGCGCGGGACCCGCGCGUGGUGGCGCUCCUCGACGCCGCCUCCUUCCCCGUGCUCUUCGACACCUCGCUGGUCGACAAGACCGACCUCUUCACCGGCACCUUCAUGCCCUCCACCGAUCUCACCGGCGGCUACCGCGUGCUCUCCUACCUCGACCCCGCCGAGCCCAGCCACGCGCCGCUCAAGACUCUCCUCUUCUACCUCCUCUCCCACCGCCGCCAGCACGUGAUCCCCAAGUUCCGCGACGUGUACGGCGACCUCUUCGGCCUCAUGGAGAAUGAGCUCUCCAGGGUCGGCAAGGCCGACUUUGGCCACUACAACGACGCUGCCGCCUUCUCCUUCCUCUGCCAGGCGCUCCUCGGCCGCGAUCCCGCCGACUCCGCGCUGCUUGGCGACGGGCCCAAGCUGAUCGUCAAGUGGGUGCUGUUCCAGCUCAGCCCGCUGCUCAACCUCGGCCUGCCCAAACUCGUCGAGGACUCCCUGCUCCACUCGUUCCGGCUCCCGCCAGCGCUGGUCAAGAAGGACUACGACCGCCUUGCCGGCUUCUUCCGGGACGCGGCCAGGGCGGUUGUCGACGAGGGUGAGCGCCUCGGCAUUGCGAGGGAGGAGGCCAUGCACAACAUCCUCUUCGCCAUGUGCUUCAACUCCUUCGGCGGCAUGAAGAUCCUGUUCCCGUCGCUCGUCAAGUGGCUGGGCCGCGCCGGCGCCCGGACGCACGGGCAGCUGGCCACGGAGGUUCGCAACGCCGUGCGGGAGAACGGCGGCGACGUCACCAUGAGGGCGCUCGCGGAGAUGCCGCUGGUGAAGUCGGCCGUGUACGAGGCGCUGCGCAUUGAGCCGCCUGUGCCGAUGCAGUACGGGCGCGCCAAGCGGGACAUGGUGGUAGAGAGCCACGACUACGGGUACGAGGUGCGCGAGGGGGAGAUGCUCUUCGGCUACCAGCCCAUGGCCACCAAGGACGCGCGCGUCUUCGCGCGACCCGAGGAGUACGUGCCCGACAGGUUCCUCGGCGAGGACGGCGCGCACCUGCUGCGGCACGUCGUCUGGUCCAACGGGCCCGAGACGGCGUCGCCCACGCUGCAGGACAAGCAGUGCGCCGGCAAGGACUUCGUCGUGCUCAUCGCGCGCCUCCUCGUCGCCGAGCUCUUCCUCCGCUACGACUCCUUCGACGUCCAGGUCGGCACCUCCGCGCUCGGGUCGUCGGUGACCAUCACCUCGCUCAAGAAGGCCACCUUCUGAAUUCUGAUCGACCGCCGGUCAAAGUCCCCAGAGCCCGGCCACAUGCCCACAUGUUUUCUCUAUAAUAUACUGUGCUUCGUCUCUCUUUCUUUCUAGUGUUGUACCGUGUGAUCCACUGGUAUGGAGGUGUAACAAAUUUUCUUUUCUUGGUAAAAAUGAGUGAGUUUUUUUCCCAGGGACCUCUGGUGUCCUGAGAUUUUAGGUGAGAAAUGCUAGUGAGCUAAGGGAUACAUGCACGUACUGUUCAAGUUGCCGAUCCAUGAUGGACCCAACGAUGUACCAUGUUCAUGUGCUGCUAUCGAUUCGAUGGAUGCGAUUGCAAAUUA